AUGCCCUUCUCCGCGGCCGGAGGAAGGGGUGGAGAGCGCGGGCGGGGGCGGAGGGAGACUCCGCCGGGGGCGGAGAGAGCGGUCCCUUAUAGUCCGCGAUGCGCCGCGGCCGCGGAGCCGGCAGCGCCCCCGGGAGCCGCGGGGCGGCGGCGGGCAGCGCGGAGGCGGCGCCCCUCGCCCUCCUUCCCUAUCCCGCAUUGCGCACCUGCGGGCGCCCGGCAGCCCCGCAGCGCCCCGCGCAGCGCCGCGACCUUGGGGGACAGCGCGCGUGUCUGUCUGUGUGUGCGCGUGUGUGUGCACGCGUACGUGCGCAGGGAAGGGCGCUGCGAUCCCCUGCUGCUCCCUGCCGGGGCGGCAGGGAAAGGCGCGGCGCCCAGGGCAGCUAUUUCGGGAGGGAGCGGCGGGGGUCGCGCCUGCAUCCCGCCUGCAUCCCGCCCCGCCGCGGGGGGCUCGGCAGGGGCUGGCGAUGGGGAAGGGAUUCACGGGGAUUUGGAGGCGGAGAUGAGCGCGCGGAGCCGAGGGGAGCUGCCGUCACGCUUCGGGGGAAUGAGGACGUGAUCGCUCGUUACUUGAUAGCGUAUUUUUUCUAAUAGCGUUCGGAGAAGACGGCAGGGCAGGAGGGAGCAGACCUCGACACUACAAAGGGCUGAAUUGAGUGGUGUGCCGGGGUUCCUCGUCCCUGCGCUGCAGCCGGGCUCUCCGUCCCCGUGGAGCCACUCGGACCCAAGUGGGUUUGCUGAUGAUCCUUUCUGACGGCUUUUCCGUGUCCUCUUGCUCAGAGCGUUUUUUGAUAUAGGAAUGACAUUGUAACCGUAAUAUUAGUUUAUCCCAUUUUCUUAUUAAGACAGUUUAUUAAAAUAUGGUUUUAAUUUUA